AUGGGCAUCCCUAGGUAUAGCGGCAGGCGGAAUGGUUAUCCAACAGAGCUAGACCCUGUGAUCGAAAGCUUUUCGCUAGCCCAUGUCAAAUCUGCACGAUACACUUCUCACAAACGUUUUGAGACAGUGAAGUGGUGCAAGCGCCUUGACAAGCCUGUUCCAAAGCACAUACUCUUUCCUCAAAUCGGAGGUCUGAUGACCGACAAUCAGAGAGAUCCGGGGAUCGAGCAGCAUCAGCGCUCUCAACGAUCUCACAUUACCUACGCUUACCGUGACAUGAUUAUGGAAACUUCGUUUAUGUGGAUAAUUCUUUCGGAGCAUAGACUGGACAGGGCUUGGAGGUUUAAUGCGCCUGCUGCAAGAUUUGGUGUCGAGGACUUCGCAGACAUAUCAGAUGCUCAGACUGCAUUGUAA